AUGGCCAUCGAAGUGGUUCCCCUUACGGAGGCAGAUAUUCCCGGAGCGAUCGAGGUCAUCCAGCAAGCAUUUGCCGAAGACCCCUAUUUUGAGUGGGUAUUUGAUGCCCCCAACUUCAACAAACAACGAAAUCACGACUCUCUCGCUGCCCGCUGCCUGUGGGGCAUCAACAAUGCCCUGUUCCAUGUCGCUAAGGAGACUGAUGCUCGUGUGAAUGGAGAGGUAGUGGAUCCCACUGAUCAAAAUAGUGCGAACACCGGUUCUUCGCGUAUUGUGGGUGUCUCGUGUUGGUUGCCGCCCCAUGCGUCUUCUGAACCGGAAAGCUGGUAUAGUUGGUACCAAGGGUGGGUGCUCUUUUUCCGCCAGUUCAUGAACAACUUGGUCCACUGGGGCCGCGGUGGUCUAAUCUCGAGACGAUACUGGAUCUGGAAGGAACGUCAGGCAGAAGCUCAGAGCGCGAUAUGGGACGACCCCAAGGGAUAUUAUUUCUGCAACAUUGUGGCGGUCAAGCCCGAUGCCCAGGGCGGCGGAAUUGGAAGGAAAUUGUUCGAGAAAGUGACCGAGCAGGCUGAUCGUGAGGGCGUGAAGUCGUAUCUGGAGAGUUCUCGGAACGAGCCUAACGUGCCAAUCUAUGAGAAAAUGGGAUUCGAAAUGAAGCGGGUAAUGGAAUGCCGAGAUGGGGAUGAUGCUUGCAUGGUGGAAUCGAAAGGCCUCGCAUUGGUUCUCCUCGUCGGUCCUUACUACCGGUUGCCUGAAACGAUCAUGACCCAACCGAACCAACAACUCUCCAACCUUCAUUUCCGCUCCGACGCCUCGCAAUCCAACUCUCUCUCCUCAGCGGGUAAAGUCGGUCUUAUCCUUGGUUUAAUUGCAGGGGUCACGUUGAUCGUCCUCCUCGUCAUUUACAUUGUGCUGCGCCUGAAACGCGGGCCUGUCAUCACGCUCAGUUCUUUUCUUCCUCAUCCAAGUAGGAAGGCCGCUUCUCUCCGAAAUCUCCCGUCCGACGAUAUCGAACGUGGACUCCGCUCCAGAGCAACGGAUCGGAGCGCUUCACGGGCCACAACAACUCGGACGACUCGAACGACUCGAACGACGGAGAAAGACACCACCGGCGGUAGAGGAAGUGGAGGCGGUCGACGACAGACCAGCUCACCAGCUCAUUCUCAUUCGCAAUCACAUCGCAAGGUAGCACCUGGCUACCACCAACAGCAUCACCACCACCUCUCCUCGCUGGACAAGGAGUUAGGACUCAAGAAGAAAAGCGCGGGCGGAGGCGGCAGCAGCGACCGCGGCUGGAUGAACGUCAUGACGCGCGACUUCCACGCCGAUCCGCAUGGACCAACGCCCACGAACCCCCUGAACACUAGCCGGGACUUGAAUCACAAUGUGACGGUAACAAUGCCGGUCUCUGCGUAUGCCCUGCCGCAUGAGCGCAUGAGGGACCCUGUUCGCGUGCCGCCACGUCCUGUCAUCGCCAGCCCGGGCGUGCCGCCCAGCCCGGCGUUUAGUCGCUUGACGACGAGCACGGCGUCUUCGGCGGCGCUGCCGUCGGCCAGGUUCAUGCCUGGGAUGCGGAAGAGCGAGGAGGCUUGA